CACGAAUUUCCACAUAUGCGCGCGAGUCGGAAAACAGCAAACGCGCUGGUACCAAGUAGUGAGGCCCAUUGAAGAUGUCAAUAUUGCCAAAUACGAAUAGGUCCACUUCCCGCAUGGGUUUUAUAUGAAGAGUGCAGCUGCACUCUCAUCCGUCCUCGUGGCAACCACCCCGAUACGAACAGCUCCACUUCCCGCAUGGUUUUUAUAUGAAGAGCGCAGCUGCACUUUCAUCCGUCCUCGUGGCAGCCACCCGGAUAAGUACUCUACAGGGCAGCGUCCACUCGCGUCAGUUUCGACAUCAUGCAUCUUCCUUCCAUCAUCUCAGCGGCACUUUUGGUGCUCGCACAGGGUGUUGCUGCUGCCCCAUCUGCACGGUCCUCGACUCUCGUGCGCAAAGAAUGGAGAACCCUCUCGAAGUACCAGCAAUUGGCUUACAUCAAGGCGUUCAAGUGUCUUCAAAGCAAGCCAGCAAGAACCCAGUCACUCUACCCCGGUGCCUUUACGCGGUACGAUGACUAUGUUGCAUUGCAUAUUGCCAUGACCACGCAGGUUCACUUCGUGGGACAAUUUCUACCUUGGCACCGACAGCUCCUCUCCAUCUUCGAGGAUGAUCUGAGGGACACUUGCAGCUACAAUGGUGCUCUGCCGUACUGGGACUGGUCAAAGGAUGUUACAACCUCAACAUCCUUUAGCGACUCGCCAAUUUUCGAUCCUGUCUAUGGUUUUGGAGGCAACGGAGAAUACCUCGUAGACAUAAGCAACCUACCAAUCACAAGUGCUUUGGAAAUUCCGGGCAGAACUGGCGGUGGCUGUAUUACCACUGGACCUUGGGCUGGCAUCAAUAUUACCCUGGGCCCCGACUACAGCUUUGCGAACAACCCCCGCUGUCUCCGCCGCGACUUCACUCCUGCAUUUGCCCAGGGCGCACUUAACUCCAGCGUCAUCGCCUUCACCGAGGCGGCACCGACCUUCUUCCAACUCGACCGACGCAUGCAGAAUCUAGAGCUUGACCUUGCCGGUGUCCUCACCCACGGCGGGGGUCACUUCGGUGUUGGUGGUAUGGUCGGAGAGAUGUCGGACAUGUACUCGUCCCCGGGAGACCCUCUCUUCUGGCUUCACCACGCCAUGCUGGACAACAUCUGGGACCAGUGGCAACGUGCCAACUGGGCAACUCGCAAAUCCGAAGUCGGCGGACCAGAUACUAUGUGGGCUUAUCCGUACAACUACUUCGGCGAUGUCCCGUACAAGAACAUCACCACCGCCUUUGUCUUGGCCUAUGGGCAACUCAGCCCCAAUGUGACCAUUAAGCAGAUCAUGGACACUACCGCCGGUCCUAUCAGCAGCUAUACUUACGCUUAAAGGGGAGUUUGGUGAAUUAGAUUAGACAGGGUGUGGAUAGACAGACACAUACACUCAAGCCCACCAGGCCUAAUGUUAAUGAUAAAUCAUCCAGCAGUGGAAAUAGC